AUGACCACAGAAGAUAACGUUUACUGGUACCGAUUACUGAAGCCCAGCAAUGUCACAGUUCAACAUGGUAAUGACGGCAACCGAAUUGCAGCAGCAAACGAGACUGUUCAGCGAACACUAUCACAAUUGGUCCAAGUCCUUAAUGAACGUGCCAAGCUUUUUGCCAACAGCGCCCAGUUUGAAGCAGCGUUACGCGAUGCAGCAGCCAUAAGAACCGUAUUACCAUUUUCAGGGCUUGGAUACUUGGCUACAGGAGAUGUGUACUGUCAGCAAGGACGUUAUGCAGCAGCGAUUUCCAUGUACGACCAAGGGCUUAGAAGAGUACCUGAAAUAGGUCAAUAUUAUCAACAGCUUCAUCAACAACGCGAGAAAGCAGUAACCAACAGCAACAAACGUGUCGACUUUAUCAGCCGAUUGCCAUUGGAUAUCGUUGUCACCAAUAUUAUACCCAGGGUGGAGCGCAAGUUCUAUUCUUAUUCAUCAUCCGAGUACCUUUAUGUAUCACGUACCUGGCAGGAGCGUUUCUUGCAGCAACCUAAUGGCUUGGCUUUUGAUUUUGGCAAAGAGACGGCCACCUUCAAGAGGGGCCAUGAUCAACUUGUCCGAUUCGCACCCUAUGUUCAAAAGUUAAAAGGCAAAAUGAUGGAGGAUGCAGAGUUGGAAGAUCUCUUUUCCCGAGGACGCUUUUCCAAUCUUAGGAACUUGGAUUUAUGCUGUAGUGGCACCACUCUACGGCACCCAUUAGUCAAUGGUCUUCGACUGAUUGCUGAUUCUUUGACCCACUUGGCCAUUCAUCACAGCACAUCCAUCCAAUUACGUGAUAUCCUGGAAUCUUGCCCAAAUCUUGUGUCCUUGACAACAACGCAAGUGGAUGCAGUUGUGCCUAUGUCACCAUCAUCACGCUAUCCCAAGUUGAAAAACCUAGCACUGUACUCGCUAUCAGACAACGAUCUCACCCAUGGCAAUAUGGUGGAUGUCCUUAGUCGAUUCCCUUCUUUAUUAUCACUCGAAGUUCUUCCAAUGCCGGAAUCCAGUGUCUUGCCAAUUCUACAUGAACAUUGCCCAUAUCUUCAAAGGGUUUGUUUCGGUGUCAGGGAUGAUUUCAUCGACAACAUGAACGUUCAACCUCUUCGAAAAGGGAUCAGGCGGGCUUAUCUUGGAGAAGAGGAUAAUGACAUCGCCUAUAGGCAAGAUGAUUUGAUCCAGUUCCUAUACCAUCACCGAAAGUCAUUGGAGACCAUUGACAUUGGUGUCAAUAUUGACGACUGCUACCCUAUUGAGAAUUACAACAACCCUUUGGCAACAUUGAAUGGACAAGAAGUACAACAGGAGGAUAACCAAGGAGAUGAUGGAUCUUUACAACCUGAUAACGACGAGUCGGAUUCUUCAUUUAUGCAGCUGAUCAACCUUCGUUUUUCGAAUUGGGAUUUUCAUUCAACAGAAGCCUUUCUCACAUGGUUGGUAGUGAAAGCACCCAAUCUCAAAGCCAUCCAUCUCCCCCAGUCGCAUCUUCAUCCUCGUAUCGCGAAAGUCUUAUGCCAGUCAAAGUUUUCCAAGUUAGAGAUCUUUCGUGCAGCAAGACGAGAAGACGAUGGUGUCACACAAUUCCUGGAAUAUCAUAUUGGCCUCGGGGAACAAUCAACACUCAAAGAAAUGAUCAUGCGCGUGGAUACGGAUAUGGCAAAAAUCCUAUGGCUGCCCCUGAUUUUCAAACUGAGGUGCCUCAAGAACUUGGAAUUAAAAGCGUAUCGUAUCUCCAUAGCUUGCAAACCCGCUUGGGAAGAGAUCGGUGAAGGCUGCCACGCUCUAGAAAAAUUGACUCUGGGUGUGGAUGGUUCCGAAUUUUAUGAAGGUAUCCUACCGCCUUUGUGUCACGUUCCGAAUCUCAAAUGGCUCAGACUUUCAGCACGAGGGCUAUCCUAUACGGACUUGCUGUGCCUGCUGGCAUUUCCAAGUUUAGAAGAAGUCUCUUUGCGACAUAGCAUUUCAGAUUCUAGUUUCAAUCUCUUGCGUACGCAUUUACCAAAGGUUACGAUGGAUGAUCAAGAUGAAAUAGAUGAUGAUGAUGAUGAUGAAGUGGAUGAUGAUGAUGAUUUAUAA